AUGGAUGACCUGGUAGGAAUGGGAGUGACCUCAGUCACCAACCAGACCUACGAUGAUAAUAUGACUCAUUGUGAUCCAGUCGACACAUCAGUCCACCUCUUCCUCAUGCCGGUUUACACUCUGGUGUUUCUGGUGGGUUUGGUCCUCAACAGCUUCCUCGUGAAGGUUUACUUCUGCUCAGCUCAGCAGCAGGUAUCCAGCAUCAUGGUGGUCUACCUGAAGAACCUGGCAGUCUCCGACUUCGUGCUCUGCCUCUGCCUCCCCUUGAACAUAGCAAACUACAUCAGCAAGUCAGCCACCUUCCGCCUGGUCUACUGCAUCUUUGGAGCCUCCACCUUUUACCUCAACAUCUACGCCAGCAUCCUGUUCAUGGGCUACAUCGCUGCUAACAGGUAUCUGAAGAUCAUCCAUCCUUUAAGAACUCACGUCCUGCAGACAGUGCAGGUUGCCCGCAUCAUCUCCACGGUAACCUGGGUUUUCCUCCUGGCCAUUACAACCUCCUACAUCACUCUGUUUACCCUCACCCAACCGGAAUUGACCAUUGUCCCUGACACCUGUGACCCCUUGCAAAGCGCCAAGGUCAUAGUGUUUGACAAAAUCAUCCACACCUGCUCCACCGUGACCUUCCUGUUUGUCCUCAUCUCCCUGGUCUUCUUCUACUACAGCGCCUCCCGCAGUGUGUUGCUGGCACAGCAGAGGCAGCUGUCAUCCACCAGCUGCAAGAGGCUCAAGAAAUCACGCAGGAAAAUGUUGGUGCUGGUCACCGUAUUCUGCAUUUGUUUCGUGCCGUACCACCUGGUUAGCCUUCCCUACAUAUUCCUAAAGAGGAUGUGCUCUUUGAGCCAGGUGUUGUACUACCUGAAGGAGAUGACCAUGCUGUUGUCAGUUGUCAACAUCUGCCUGGAUCCGUUCAUCUAUUUCAUCUUCAGUAAGGCGUUCCGGGCCCAGCUGAGACGUCCACAUAGCAAGAAGGCAAGGAGGCACAGUGAAGGGCAGCCGAAAGCCACAAACAAUGAGGCAUCGCCCAGCACAUUGACAAGUCAGACUGAUGGGCUGUAA